GAAUCAGCCAUGGAAUAAACGCUUUUUAAAUUCACCACUUUCCAACCCGUUGGUCAAAACAUUAAGCUCUGAACAACACACAAAAAUUAAAUAAAAGCUUCCACGGUUUGGGCUAUGGUGGAUCUCUAGCUUCCAAGAAAGGAUCUCCCCCUUUCCUCUCACUCGGAUUCAAAUUGUGGUGGUGUGCACUUGCAGCAAAGCGAAGCAAAGCAAUGCAGAUCUGAUCUUCCUUUCAAUCGACGAGAGAUAGAUCCCACCCUCUUUAAUUCUUCUCCGAUUCAGAUCCUUGUCUACAAAAAAAAAGCAAGAUUCCGCUUAAUCUGCGCCAGUUAUUUCCCUCUGGAAUCACUGAUCCGGUUUUCUGAAAUGGGUUUGCGCUCAAACCCUACGGGAAACCUCUCCUUUUCUCCUUCUUUGAUCCUCCUUCUGCUUCUUGUUUCUCUGUUUGCCUCCGUUCAGGUGUUUUCUGCGGAAGUGGAGAAAGAGGAGUUGGAUGGACCUAAAGAUCUCGGUCGACGUAGCAAGAUUUCCUGGAACAACAUUGACACAAUUGCUGCAAGAAAGGAUGUUGUUGACUCAGAAGAUCUUAAUCUUGACCUGGACUCCGUUGGUCUUGGAGUUUUUGACGCAUUUUUUGCUAGUUUGUCCAUGAUAAUUGUCAGUGAGAUUGGAGAUGAGACGUUUAUAAUAGCUGCACUUAUGGCUAUGCGCCACCCGAAGUCCAUUGUAUUAUCUGGUGCGCUCAGUGCCCUGAUUGUAAUGACAGUACUCUCGACUGGAUUAGGUAGGAUAGUGCCGAAUUUGAUAUCAAGGAAACAUACCAAUAAUGCUGCUACAGUUCUGUAUGCAUUUUUUGGAUUGCGGUUACUUUACAUUGCUUGGAGAUCCAAAGCAGACUCAAAAUCUUCAACGAAAAAGGAAAUGGAAGAAGUAGAGGAGAAACUCGAGGCUGGACAAUCCAAGACGACCUUUCGCCGCUUCUUUCUCCGAUUUUGCACACCCAUAUUCUUGGAGUCAUUUAUUUUAACCUUCCUUGCCGAAUGGGGAGAUCGAAGUCAGAUAGCUACAAUUGCUCUAGCAACACACAAGAAUGCACUUGGAGUGGCUGUGGGAGCCAUCUUGGGGCAUUCAGUAUGCACAUCAAUGGCAGUGAUCGGUGGAAGCAUGUUGGCAUCGAAGAUAUCACAGGGCACAGUUGCAACAGUUGGAGGCUUGCUCUUCCUUGGCUUCUCCUUGUCUUCCUAUUUUUUCCCACCUCUAUUUUUAGUAGCUUUGGAGAACUACCACUCUUCAAAUGAUUCUUUGCCCAAUACCCUUCAUGCCAUGAUGGUCAAGAAUGGUUCUAUUUUCGAAUCGAGGAAGUUUAUUUUGAGUUCUUAUGUGAAAUCUGAGAAAUUAAACGAUGCACGGAAAGUGUUCGAUGAAAUGCCUAGCAGAGAUGUACUUACAUGGACGGUCCUUAUAUCCGGUUUUGCUAGAGUAAAUUGUUCUGAAAUGGCAUUGCAACUGUUUAGAGAAAUGCUGGUUGAAGGUGUUUGUCCAAAUCCUUUUACUUUGUCUACUGUUCUUAAACUUUGCUCUAGAGUGGGUGAUGUGAAAAUGGGUAAGGGAAUUCAUGGAUGGAUACUCAGAAGUGGGGUUAACUUAGAUGUUGUCUUGGAGAAUUCUAUGCUUGAUUUGUAUGCUAAGUUUGAUGAAUUUGAUUAUGUCAAAAAGUUGUUUGAUUCAAUGAGAGAAAAGAGCACUGCUACUUACAACAUAUUGCUUGGUGUGCAUGUCCGUAGUGAUGUUAACAAAUCUCUUGAUUUAUUCAGAAACUUGCCUUGCAGAGAUACUGCAAGUUGGAAUACAGUAAUAUGUGGGCUAAUGCAAGGUGGGUAUCUGAAUGAAGCAUUGGAGCUACUCUAUGAGAUGGUGGAGAACGAACCCGAGUUUAACAAAGUUACUUCUUCCAUAGCCUUAAGUGUCGUUUCUUCUUUACUGAUUUUCGAGCUAGGUAGACAAGUACAUGGUCGAAUAGUCAGGUGUGGGUUUCAUAAUGAUGGAUUUGUAAAGAGUUCACUGAUAAAUAUGUACAUUAAGUGUGGAAAUUUGGAAAAAGCAUCGGUGAUAUAUAGUCAAAUGCCUUCGGGUUUUGCAAAAAAACAAGAUUUCGACAUUGUAUGUAGCGACACGAUGACAGAAAUUGUUUCACGGAGCUCAAUGGUGUCUGGAUAUGUUCGAAAUGGCAAGUAUGAAGAUGCCUUCAAAACCUUUGUUUCUAUGGUUCGUGAACAGGUUUUAAUGGAUAAAUUUACCAUUGCAAGCGUUGUUUCCGCUUGUUCUAAUGCUGGCGUUUUCGAGCUUGGACGUCAAAUCCAUGCAUAUAUUCAGAAAACAGGGGAACAGCUUGAUGCUCACUUGACUUCCUCCUUGAUUGACAUGUACGCUAAAGGUGGGAGUCUUGAUUGUGCCCGUCAAAUUUUCGAGCAAACGACUUACUUAAACGUUGUGAUAUGGACUUCCAUGAUCACUGGAUGUGCUCUACACGGGCAAGGUAAGGAAGCCAUUAGACUGUUUGAAAAGAUGAGAUAUGAGGGAAUGAUACCAAAUGAAGUUACUUUUUUAGGAGUUUUAGCAGCUUGCAGUCAUGCUGGGCUACUUGAAGAUGGCCGUCUAUAUUUUAACAUGAUGAAGGAUGUUUAUGCAAUCAAGCCUAAGGUUGAGCAUUUCACUUGUAUGGUCGAUCUUUACGGUCGAGCUGGACGUCUGAACGAAGUCAAGAAAUUCAUCUACGAGAAUGAUUUAUCACACCUUAAUGCAGUUUGGAAGGCAUUCCUGUCAUCUUGUCAGCUUUACAAGGACAUCGAAAUGGGGAAUUGGGUUUCUGAAAGAUUGUUUAGACUCGAACCACUAGACGAAGGGCCUUACGUUUUACUAUCGAACAUGUGCUCCAGCAAUCAGAAAUGGGAAGAAGCUUUCAGAACAAGAAGAUCUAUGCAACACAGAGGGAUUAGCAAAACACCUGGUCAAUCUUGGAUUCAUGUGAAAAAUCGAGUCCAUUCUUUUGUUGCGGGAGAUCGAUCGCACCCUCAACACGCUCAGAUAUAUGAAUAUCUAGACAAGCUUAUUGGAAGAUUGAAGGAAAUUGGGUAUUUGUUUGAUGUAAAAUUGGUGAUGCAAGAUGUAGAAGAAGAACAGGGUGAAGUGCUUCUUGGUUGGCAUAGUGAAAAGCUUGCAAUUGCUUAUGGCUUAAUCAGUUUGGGCUCUUCCAUUCCAAUCCGAAUCAUGAAGAACCUUAGGAUAUGUACUGAUUGUCAUAACUUUAUGAAGUUAACAUCUCAACUUUUAUGCAGGGAGAUCAUUGCACGAGAUAUUCAUCGUUUCCAUCGUUUUAACUCAGGUCAUUGCUCGUGUGGUGAUUAUUGGUGAGACGAGAUGCAGAAUCUGAUGCCUGUGAAUUUUCAUGUAUAAACUUACGUUAUUCUGAUGCCCAAGAUAAAAGGAACGAGGGGAAGAAUCUACCCCGAGAUGUUAGAAGGUGCAAAAUCAAUGGGUGCUGGAGCUGCUACAAUUGCUUCAGUGGGAGCUGUGUCGGUAUUAGAAACGUGUUC